AGAUAGAUUUUAUUUUAUUUUUUAAGUAACUAAAAGUUUCAGUUUGUUUGUUGUGCAGCGCAAAGGUGCACGUAAACUCGUGUGCGUGUGUGUGUGUAUAAGAAGCGCGCGGUGUAGUAAUCCACAAAAAAUACUUCUGGUGUGAAAGAGAGAGAGAGAGAGAGCGAUGGAGGGGCUGAUAGAGAGAGAGCUGGGCUGCAGCAGGGUGAAGGCUGUAGGUCUGUCCGGGGGAGGAUGCAUCAGUGAGGGCCAGAGCUACAGCACAGACUCCGGUACAGUGUUCGCCAAGAUCAACCACAAGAGCCAGGCCAGGCGCAUGUUUGAUGGAGAGAAAGCCAGCCUGGACGCGAUCCUGUCCACGAACACCAUCCGAGUGCCGAAACCAGUGAAGGUCGUAGAUCUGGAAUCAGGAGGAGCCGUGUUCAUCAUGGAGCACAUAGACAUGAAGUCCUUGAACAGGUACGCGACUCAGUUGGGACAUCAGCUAGCGGACAUGCACCUCCAUAAUAAACUACAGAAAGAGAAACAGAAGAAGGAGGAGCAAACUGUUGGAAAAGGAACCGGGCAGUCUGAAGUUCAGGUUAUUGACAAGUUUGGGUUCCACGUCAACACCUGUUGUGGCUACAUCCCUCAGGUAAACGACUGGCAGGAUGACUGGGUGUGUUUUUACGUCCAGCAGAGACUUCAGCACCAGCUGGGAUUAGUGGAGCAGUCGUAUGGAGACAGAGAGGCCCGGGAAUUAUGGGCCAGUCUUCAGCUGAAGAUCCCUCAGCUGUUCGAGGGUGUGGAGGUGGAUCCAGCGCUGCUUCACGGCGACCUGUGGAGCGGCAACGUUGCGGAGUACUCCGACAGCCCACUCAUCUUCGACCCGGCCUCGUUUUACGGCCACUCGGAGUACGAGCUCGGGAUCGCUGGGAUGUUCGGCGGCUUCGGAAAACAGUUCUACAACGGCUACCACGAGAAGAUCCCCAAAGCCCCAGGGUUCGAAAAGAGGCAUCAGCUCUACCAGCUGUUCCACUACCUGAACCACUGGAACCACUUCGGUACCGGGUACAGGGGCUCGUCCCUGCGCAUCAUGAAGGAGCUUUCAAAGUAGAAACGGAGUUAAGCGAUUUUAUAUAAAUAUCAGUUUGGAAAAUAGAUUUCGGACGUUGUUCUGAUUUCUGAACGAGGUUUUUUCACUCAUAGUGGGUCGGAUAAAAAUGUAGUAUACGCUGGGCGGUUGAUUGUUGUGACUGAAAGAUCAUUAAGUGUGGAAUGAAACCACUCUGUCAUGCGGUGAGAGAAAAUAAUCAACAGCAAUGUUAUUUAAUGAAACUGAGUUCCUUUCAGUACCUGGAGGAUGAUUAAUUAUUUAUUAGAUUGCUUUAUUUCUCUUAUACAACAGCAGUUUUCCAGUGAGUACCAUGUUUUAUUUGUUAAAGCUUGACACAGUCAUGUCUACCCAACACGUUUUUACCAUAACACAAGUUAGUUCCUGUUCAGACAUGUCUAAUAAGCACCCACAGACGUUCCCUCCAUAUACUUACUUUUCUUUUUUUUUUCUUAAAAUUAAUAAGACAAAAAAAUUUUAUAAUAAAAAAAGCAUUCUAUAUUCCCAAGAAACCACAAACUUCUAUGUGGUAAGAUGUUACAAAUCACUUACACUGGAGACUUCUUACAUACAGUAAAUUCAAUAUUAACAAUUUAUUUUAACCUGUUCACAUCUGCCAUAUGACAUCUGACAUACAAGUCACUAUGAAUGAUCUGUUGCUAUAGAAACGAUAACGUAUCAGACCGGGAGCAUUAAUACAAACCUGAGAUUCGUACCUGCACUGCUGUCAGCUCUGCUCUUAUAGAAAAUGCAUCAACAUCUUCCUGAUCAGAGUUUUAACAACGCUGUGGUGUAAAAUGUUCACGCUGGAUGCUUUGUGAUGUUUAUGCUAACUGUUUGCAAGUGGCGCAUGUUGAAUUAACGCAUUAAUCACAAAUAACAGGAACUUGGUUUGAUUUGGAUGUUGCAAGUGCUUCCUUGUGUAACAGGAUAAACUAUUUAUUUUCUCCUAACAAAAGUCUUAAAUAAAGUGCAUCUUACAAUAAAAUGUACCUAGGCAAAUAA